GCACGCAUCCUUCUGUUGUGUUUGCCGUUGCCGGUGCGUGCAGCGGCGCUGGCGCUGUGCUUGUGCUGUUGAGUUGAGAGAGAGGCAAACCUAAACCGCGGUAAGAUGGCGACCGUUGAGGAGCUGUCUGAUAUCGAGCUGCGGAAAAAAUUGAUUGAACAUGGAUUCGAAGCUGGACCCGUUACUGGCACGACGCGGAAGUUGAUGGAGAAGAAAUUGACGACGCUGAUGUCACAGAAAGGCAAGCCCACCAAAGCCCCCGCCGCCGCACCGAAAGUGAACCGUACCCUGUCCCGCUUCAGUUCUGCCGAAGAGGACAGCGACGAUGCCUUGGCGCUCGCAGGUAAUUCUCGACGUAAAAGCAUGCCGGCCGCGGCUGCUGUCAAGAGGAAGUCGAUGGGGCGCUCGGCCCGCGCCGCCGAGGCCGCCGCCAGGGAGGCCCAGGUAGCCGAUAACCUCUUGAUGCCCAGCCCGCCUCCGCCGGCCACGACCGCCCCGCCGGCCAGGCCCAGGUACUCCAUGAAUGAGGCGGCGUUGAGGAAGAACUACGAAGAAAGGUCGCUGCCAACGCCUCCCCGCUCGACGCGGAAGUCCAUCGCAACCUCUUCCCCCAUGAAGCGCCAUGGCAGCAACGGCAACGGCUUCGACUCUGGGUCAGACUCGGACGUGCCGCUGCCGAGCCCCCCCGUCAGCAGUGUGAGGUUAAGCCCCAGUCCUCGCAAAACGCACUCCCAGCCCCACUCGCACUCGCACCGCCAGGAAGACGAGGAUGACGACGAAGAAGCGGAAGAUGACAAGCCCAUUGCGACGUUGCUCACCAAGUUGUCUGACAGAUUCUUACCGAACAGUGAGUCCACUCGAAUCAGCUCACCUGAAUCGGGUAGUGAGCAAGUCAGGCAUCGGAUGAACAUUGGCAGAGAUCCCAGCCCAGGAGACACCCUUGAUGCCCCAUAUCUUUCUGCAUUUGCUCGUAGACUGUCAAUGCUAAAACCUCACAGUAUCGGAGGAAGUCGGUAUGAUGAUGUAAAGGAAUCUGAUGAUAGUGGUGAUGACAGCGUUCAAACAUCCCCUACAACAAAUGGCAGUUAUUACCGAAGAAGUUUGGCUGGCCCAAAUAGGAUACCUGUUAGGAGAGUAGACCCUGCCAGAUCCUUCAAAGUAUCUGAAGAAACAGUCAGUUUCUGGAAGAAUUCACACGUUAUGUCACUUGCUAUCUUAGGUGGAUUUGUGAUGUUUGCAGUUUUCUUAGGCAUGUUGUAUUUAAAUGUGACCACCAAGGAUGCCCCCAAUAACCUGAUUGAGGAGAGCUCUGUUGGAAAUGUUUACAACAUUUGCAAGGGCUCUCCAACUGAUGAUAUCCCUGGGGUGACAUGUGUAACUCAGGAUGGAGUGGCACCUGCUAUGAAAAUAUUUGAAAGUGUGUUUCAAAACUUGUUGACUCAAGCUGUCAAGUCUGAAUGUGGCCCAGCUCUGCCUGAUGGAACAUACCCCUCUAGCUAUCUCACAGAACGUGAAGCUGUCCAAGCUGUGGUACAACAUCAAGGACUGAGUAUCUGGGAAGCCGAAGAGCAAGUUUCUAAUUUAGUAGUUCUGCUCUCAUCUAAUCCUCACUGGGGUGUCACGGUUUUGGACAAUGUUGUAAGGCAUCCAGAUAAAACCAAGCUUCAAGUGUCCAGUCCCAAAAUCCCAUGGGAAUGCAUCCUUAAGAAUAAGGCGCUUGGUUUGUUGAGCUCUGUACUUAUCAUAUUUUCUGGGUUUGGUGCAGUGUUUGGAUUAUGGCGUGGAAUUCAAUGGUGGAUCAGUGUUAGGCAAAAGCAACAGCAGGAGAUCUAUCACUAUGUGGAAAGAAUAAUUGAAUUCCUCUCCAGCCAAAACCAAAUCUCUGGAGAAAGUUCCUAUGUUCCUGUCAUACAUGUGCGUGAUCAACUGAUUCCUCCCCAGAACAGAGAAAAAUUGAAAGCUGUGUGGGAUGCAGCUGUAAAGUUUAUUGACAAGAAGGAAUCCCGUGUUCGCGGAGAGAUCCAACCGGUCAAUGGUGAAGAUUACAAAGUUUGGCGCUGGCUUCCUCCUAAGCACAAUACUUCCAUGACAAGUUCAACUGCUGAAUCCCCCUCCACUAGCCCACAGCCCAGGAAUCGCAAGGUGUGGCAGGGACAGGCCUUUGGACUUUCUGAGAAGAGCGUGAACAACUUGUCUGUCAGUCCUACACCCUGCUUGAAAAUACGUCAUAUGUUUGACCCUGACAUGGAGACUGGUGAUAAUUGGCAGCUGCAAGUUCAAGAUGCUAUUCUUGAAAAGUGUAUUGGAGCAAAAAUCUUGCACAUUCAUGUUGACAAAUCAUCGAAGGAGGGAUGUGUAUAUGUGAAGUGUGCAUCAGAAAUCGAUGCCGGAAAAGCUUACAAGGCCUUGCAUGGAUCUUGGUUUGAUAGUGAAUUGGUGACUGUGAAGUAUUUGAGGUUGGAGCGCUACCAUGAACGCUUUCCUGCUGCUACUAAAUCUCGAGAGCCAAUGCGUCCAUCCAACAACCUCAAACUAUCUUUGCAAGCGGCUGAUGAUGAUUAAAUAUUUGUCUUUUUUACAACCCCUUUCUUUGUUUUGAUGUCCAAGGUUUACUUGUUGACUGUCAAUGGCAAAGUAUAGAAUAAUUCAUUGUCAUUUGCUGAGUUCUUUUAAUUACACAGAGAGGAAUUGUGGUGGUUCCAUGUGCCGCAAAACUUUAAAAUGUUGGUGUUAUACAAGAGGAGUGUCUAAUGAAACUGUAUAUAAAUUCUGUGUGCAUAUUUUUAGCACCCCAUUUGCAUUUCUGCAGGGUAAUUUCCUAACUUCCAUCUGAGCUGUCAAGUGAAAAUAAGAUAGCUGGAGCUUAUCAUCUUGUCAUAUUUUAUGUAGUGAAGUAUGUGAAUAUGUAUUCACCCCACUUUUACAGUGCCUUUGAUUUAACAUGUUGCCAUUCAAUAAUUUAAGGUUCCUGUGAUAGUUUUAAUAAAUAAGCACAUAUUUUGAUCUGUGCUUUUUGAGGUCAUGAUUUAACUAUUUGUUGAGCUUGUAAUGAAAAAUGUCGGUUACAUAUCAAAACUUUCAUCUGAUUUUAUUAGAGCUUUCUUAGCUUAUCAGUGUACUGAAUGUUAACCCUCCUGUAGCGCGCUGCUGGCCUUGCCAAUUUGGGGCCUCCUUCAAAAAUGUGUGUAUGAAGUGUCUGUAAUUUUAUAUUGACAUUGUGCUGCAUAGGCUGUGCAUAGUGUAUAUAUUAUUUCUAACAUAAGCUGUGGCAUUCAAUGUGCCUUUGUUUAUUUUUUUUUUUAUUUUAACUAAUUUUAUAGGCUCAUUAGAAAACAAUGGGCAUUGAUCCAUGGAUCAGAAUUGUGCUGACCUGUAUGUGCUUGAAGCACAAUAACUUGUUCAUUUGCACACCUGUACAUUGUUUUAGUUAUGACAUUAUCUUACUUUCAUGAAUCUGGGUUAAAUGCAUUUGUGAUGAAAGAAUUAGUUAAAAUAUAUUGCUUCAGUUUUAUUUUAAUUUGCACUUUGUAUUACUUAAAAAUUACCUCCUUGAUUUAAAUUUUAUCAAGACUAAUUGCAAAGUGGGUGGUCUGAUGCAUAAUAUCUCAGGUGUUUUUGUGAUACUCUAAAUUGGAGUAAAAAUUUUGUACUCAAUGGAAACUUUGACAUAUAAAUGACUUAACAGUAUUAUGGCAGUCGAACCAUGUGCUUCACAGGAAAGAGGCUGUUAUUGCUGGUAAUGAGGGCAUCUCAAUUUCUUACCUAUCCGAGGAAGGCAGCAUAUUUUCAAUCUCAUUCAAUAAACAUUAAUUAGUGCUAGUUCUCUGUAUACUUGUCGUAAGUCACAACGAUCGGUAUUGUGUUGAAGAGCCAAUCAUGUAUUAGAUCACAUUCAACAUGAAAAAUGUAUCAGUUUCGCCUUACUUUUUUUUUCAGUAAGAGAAUUACAUAGAUCUCAAUUAAGGAUUUCUUUUUCUUAAAUUUCAUUUGUAUGUACCUAGUUUGUUGUGAAAAUAAAGUUUAUGCGGUAAUGAAAUAA